ACACAAAAAAAUGGGUUCAUCUUCUUCAUACAUUCUUCUUCUACCUUCAAACCCUAAAUUCUCCUCCGUGAAAUUUGGGAAAUCUGUAAUUCGCAUAUCUGCUUCUUCCUGUGCCACCACGUCCAAGUCUCGGACGACAUCCUCAUCAUCAUCAUCUCUUUACGAUGUUCUUGGUAUACACUCCGGCGCCACCUCUAAAGAAAUCAAAACGGCUUACCGUCGACUGGCCAGACUCGUCCACCCCGACGCCGCCACGGCGUCGUACGGAGAUUCGGGAGAAGAAUUCAUCAGGAUCCACGCUGCCUAUUCGACAUUGUCCGAUGAUCCGGUGAAGCGAGCCGAUUAUGAUGACAGUAGUAGUAGUAUUAGUCAUUCUCAUCGUCGGUUUUCCAGAUACUACGCCGCCAAACCGAGACGGACGUGGGAAACAGAUCAAUGCUGGUAGUAGAGAUCAAUGCCAACUCUGUUACCUCUUGUUCAUCAACCAAGAAGAAGAUUUUGAAUUCCCAAUAUUUAUUUAGGGUUCGUCGCCGCCGUCGCCUCCAUUUUUACUGAUUCUG